AGACUUUUCAAGCAUGCCUCAUGUGUCAGACCUUGCAUCAAAGGCAUCAAAGAUAACUGUAUUUGCAUAUAAUCAUAUGGUUUUCUUAUCAUGGCUGAGGAAAAGACCGACUUGGAAAGAAAUUGUGCAUCCUGGUGCCACAAGGUUUGCUACCACAUUUAUUACAUUGCAUAGUAUAUAUAUGCACAAGAAUGACUUGCAGGCUUUAGUUGUUGAUAAACACUUUGUGGACCACAAAUUAUCAAGGACUGAAGCAGGAAAAAAUUUCAGUGCAAUCAUAUUGGACAAUCGGUUUUGGAAUGAUUGUUAUCAAGUUGUGAAAAUUGUAUCUCCUCUUAUAAAAUUGUUGAGAAUUGUUGAUUCAUAUGAGAAGCCUUCAUUGCCUUAUGUUUAUGAAGGCAUGCGAAGGGCAAAAAUGGCAAUUAAGGAGAUGUUUAAGAAGAACAAGGACCUGUAUAAGCCGUACACAACAAUCAUUCAAACUCGAUGGGAUAAGCAUUUGAAGACUAAUCUUCAUGCAGCAUCAUAUUUGCUGAAUCCUGCAAUCACAUAUGCUCCAGACUGCCCGAUCAAGUCAAAGUUAAUGAUGGCUUUAAUUGAUGUGGUGGAGUCUUACUCAGACGAAGAGGUUGAUGGCUUCUUGAUGAAUGGUGGACAUAUUAUGGAUGUUUAG